AUGGCUGAAUUGUUGGUUGGGCAUGGAUGCGAUCCCAGCAAGAAGGAUAAAUCCGGAUCAACUGCCCUGCUGUACGCUCUUCAAAAUGGCAACGAAAAACUCAUCAAAUACCUCGUCGAUAAUGGGGGCGGAGUCACAAAUAUGAUUGACGGCUCUCGUAGAAACUUGUUUCAUCAUCUAGCCAAUAAGUGCAUGGAGCAAGAUGUUUCUGUGAUAUUUAAGACCUUAACUAGUAAGAUAUCGGAUAGCGAAACGACUGCUGAGAUGUUGGGGCAAAUAGAUGAGGAUGGAUACACGCCACUGCUGCUUGCUUGCAGGCAGUAUAAAUCCUGGGAUGGUAAUGUUCCAUAUUCAUUUCGGUGCAAUAGAGACGCUAACAAAACGCACGGACAACUGCGUUUGCAAACAGCAGCUGAAGCAGCUGCUGUAGCAGCUGCAGACGUUGAUUACGUCAGCGAUGACGACAGCGAUUACGAGGGAGCAGAGCUCUUAUUGAACGCUAGGAAGUUUAUAAAGUUGUUACUGAAACUGAACCCUGACAUUGCAUUCAGAUCCGUUGUUCAAGAGAAAAUAAGAAAAAAUGAUGAUGAUAAUAAUAAUAAUAAUAAUAGUGACAAUAAUAAUAACAACGACGGUGAUGAUAGUGAUAAUGAUUCCAGCUCAAACCCCGAAGUUGAUGAUGAUAAUGAUAAUAAUAAUAAUGAUGAUGAUGAUGAUGAUGUUGGUGGGUGGAUGACUAAUGAUGAAAAGAUGAAAAGGAGAUUUCUUGACGUCACAGAGGCAGGAUUCAAUGUUUUUCAUUUUAUGGCCUUCGUCAAGAACGAAAUGUCGGUUCAGAGGGUACAAAAAUACAACAACAACAACAACAAUAAUAAUAAUAAUAAUGAAGUCUACGAUCAUACUCCAGGCUUAACCAUGGUCUUGAAACUCUUCAAAAAAUAUUACAACAAAAACAACAGUAAUAAUAAUAAUAAUAAUAACAACAACAACAAUAAUAAUAAUAGUAAUAAUAAUAAUAAACUGAGUGACCUAGAUUCGAGCGAAAUUAUUAACCUAUAUAAUUUAAAUGGUUUAACUCCACUUAUUAUGACCGUGGUUAACAAUAAAGUUGAGGCAUCUCUCAGACUGAUAAAAUACGGAGCAGACGCCAAUUUAAGAUGCCUCAGUAAGUUUUCUAUGUACAAAGGGCACACUCUCCUAUUGGCUGCAAAACACAGAGUUUACAAAUUAAUCCCGCCGCUACUAAACCUAGUCGAUGAUGUCCAAUGCUCUGAUGAACGGACCGGGGCCAGCUUACUACACUACCUUGUUAUGAAACAUGACAACCGAGCGGUAAUAAAAGCGGUUCGACUCCUCCUGACUUCCGGAGCCUCGACGAAAAUCAGGGAUAUGCACGGUCACACUGCUCUGCACAUUUGCGUAGCGCACAACAGAGGAAACGUUAAUUCCUCCAUCGAACUGGAAAUGAUGUUGCUGAACCACGGGGACGAAAAUGAUGAGUUGCUUAAAAUGUUGGACCUUCAAGGGAGGACGGCUUUACAUUACGCUUUUAUAGGAUUACCAUCCGAUCACAAGGACCAUUUAAAAUCAUGCAUUGACCCGAUUGAACUGGUCUACUUAUUGACCCAGUCCGCGGAAUCUGGAGCACAAGGUCAAAGGUUAUUUGUGAAUGUGAAGGACGUCAAAGGGAAUACCGCCCUUCAUUAUGCUGCUGCCCUGGGAGCCAGCGUUUCCUCCGUUCAUCUCGUUAAGAAAGGAGCCGAUAUAAAUAGCCUGAACAAUGAUGGUAAUACCCCGCUGGCAUUGUCCGUCUUGAAACAAACUGAGGGAUCCCUCAUCAUCCUCUUGCAACAAAACCCCGACAUCAGCAAGGACAUAUACCCGGAAGGUCACCACAGAAAACGAACCAACAACAACAACAACAACAACAACAGUGCUGAUAGUGAUCCCAACAACAACAACGACGACGAUGAGAACAACGACGACGAUGAGUAUAAGAUUAAAAGUGAUGAAGAUUUUUAUAAGAACGUGCGUGAUGUUAAUGAUGAGGAGAGGAAGAAACAGAAAAUGAUUAGAGAUAAAAAGAGAAAGUCGAAAAAACCCAAACUGCAUUGGCUUCCUGGGAAAUUUCAGAAAAGUGAAAGCAGGGAUGUGCGGGGUUGCCCCAUUAUACAGCACGUAAUAAGCAAAGAAUACCAAGGAGCGACAUUUAUGAUGUUGGAGAUGAGGUACUCGUACAAUAUGAAGCUCAGUCAAUUUAUAGUGGCGGCAUUCCGAGCCAAAAAGUUCCACCUAGCCUUAUCAUUAAUCAACAAAGCAAAAUCAUCAGAAGACCUACUUGUUGUUCCUCAACAAACAACAACUACAACAACUACUGCAGCUGGUGGCAUUCUAAUUAAUGGUAGUAGUAGUGGUAGCGGUAGUAGUA